AUUCAAGUAAUUCUUUGGAUCAAGUUUCUGACCCAUCUAUUCAAUCUAAUACAGAUGAAUAUUUAUCUCGAGAAGAAUUUAAGUAUCUCAAAACAUUAGGUUUAAUAGAAAAUGAUGCUGUAUUAGAUACUG